AAUUAUUAAAAAAAAAAAAUAGAAACCAAAAGUAAACUACAAGAAAAUUAGGGGUUGUGAAAUUGGAAAAUUUUCGAAAUAAUUAAAAAAAGAAAACAAAUUGUGCAAAGAGAGAGAAGAGGGAAGACAAAGGGAAGAGGGAGGAGAGAGAAGGCACCACCCUUUGGCCCUGGAGAGACCAAAGAUGGUCGAAGAGAGACAACUCUGAGAUCAUCAUCAUCAUCCUGCAAAAACUAACGAGAAAUCGAUUUUCAAAAAUAUAAUCAAGAUCGAUUUCUAGGGAUAUUUUGAUUUCUAAAUCCUCUCACCAACAUUCUCUUGCUUGCCCUACCCGCUUGCUGGUUUCAUCCAGAAACAUAAUAAUACAUUGUUUGCAUUAUAAGGAAUUCCUUUAUACAGUAUCAAGAGAUCCACAAGAAGCUGUUAGAUCCCAGAGAUUAACACUGUGAUGAAAAGGGUUUUGUGAAAAUCAAUUUUCAAACCUGGAAAAUGAUGAUCAAGGACCCUUAUAUCCGACAAUUUUCUUCUUUCUUCUGUACAUUGUAAUAUAUAGAAAAUUAACAUUUUUUCUCUUUCUUUCUUUUUUUUCUUUUGAUAUUUGGUUUGGUUAUAUAGAAGAGAAAGUUUGUUUCUGGGAAAUGGGUUUUUUGGAUUUUGGUUUGUAAUUAGGGAAAAAAAUCUUUAGUAUAUAGUGUUUGUUGUAAAAAACCUUAUAAUGAUGGGUUGUGGAUUUCACUUCCCUUGGUUCUUCUUCUUGAUCAUUGGCCUUCAAGCUCCUCUCUCAUUGUCCCUCACUUCCCAAGGAUCCGCAUUGUUGAAGUUCCGGGCAAGAGUCAACUCAGAUCCUCAUGGGACUCUUGCGAAUUGGAAUGUUUCUGGUAUUAAUGAUCUCUGCUAUUGGUCAGGGGUUACUUGUGUUGACGGUAAAGUGCAGAUUCUGGAUCUUAGCGGAUAUUCUUUGGAAGGAACGUUAGCUCCUGAGCUUAGCCAAUUGAGUGACUUAAGAUCUCUAAUACUCUCUCGGAACCAUUUCUCCGGUGGAAUUCCAAAGGAGUAUGGGAGUUUCGAAAACUUGGAAGUCCUGGAUUUGAGAGAGAAUGAUUUGAGCGGACAAAUUCCACCUGAGCUAAGCAAUGGCUUAUCGCUAAAACACUUGUUGCUUUCUGGUAACAAAUUUUCGGAUGAUAUGAGAAUAAAGAUCGUGAGACUUCAAUCUUCGUAUGAAGUUCGGUUAAAGAAGAGUCCAAAGUUAUCACCUUUGGCUGUUCUCGGCUGUAUUAACAGAAAACUUGGACACUGUGUUUCAAGAAACCGUAUCAUUCAAGUAAAAAAGGUAGAAGCUAUUGUAUUCCGGAUCAAAGCAACCUCCAGACGUUUCUUGAAAGCAUUCCCUAGCUUUUUGGAGGAAACUGAUAUCUACAAACGACGUGAGCUACUCGAGGAGACAAGUAAUUUAGCGGCUGAGCCUGCUCCUUCAGCUCCUAGUCCUUCUCCCGGGAUUAUAACUGAAGCUUCACCUCGAAGCAGCGGGUCUUUCCCUGCAGUAACCAAUGCAAAGAAGAGAAGACCACCUUUAGUCCCUCCUGUACCUUCUCCUGAUAAGGGCAGUACUAGUCCUGAUAUCUCUAAGAAUCAGCCACAAGAUAAUAAACAGUCAAAAGGAUCAAAACAUGUAUGGCUGUAUGUGGUUAUCGCGGUUGCUUCUUUCGUCGGUUUACUGAUUAUAGUAGCGGUUAUCUUCUUCUGCCGGAAAAGAGCUGUCAAGAGCAUAGGUCCUUGGAAAACUGGUCUUAGUGGACAAUUGCAGAAAGCUUUUGUUACCGGGGUACCAAAGCUCAAUCGGUCUGAGCUUGAAACAGCGUGUGAAGAUUUCAGCAACAUCAUAGAGACAUUUGACGGUUACACUGUGUAUAAAGGAACAUUGUCGAGUGGUGUUGAGAUAGCGGUAGCUUCAACCGCGAUUGCUGAAUCUAAAGAAUGGACAAGAGCCAUGGAAAUGGCAUACCGUAGAAAGAUUGAUACUCUGUCACGGAUCAACCAUAAGAACUUUGUGAAUCUGAUUGGAUACUGCGAAGAAGAUGAUCCUUUUAAUAGGAUGAUGGUCUUUGAAUAUGCUCCAAAUGGAACUCUUUUCGAACAUUUGCACGAUAAGGAGACAGAGCAUCUUGAUUGGAGCGCACGGAUGAGAAUAAUAAUGGGAACGGCUUACUGUCUUCAACAUAUGCACGGGAUGAACCCGCCUAUGGCUCAUACGGACUUCAAUUCAUCGGAAAUCUACCUAACCGAUGACUACGCAGCCAAGGUCUCGGAGAUUCCAUUCAACUUAGAGGCAAGAUUAAAUCCGAAGAAACACGUGAGUGGAGACUUAGAGCAAACGUCAUUGUUACUACCUCCAGAACCGGAGGCUAACGUCCAUAGCUUCGGAGUCCUGAUGCUCGAAAUCAUCUCUGGAAAGCUCUCUUUCUCAGACGAAUACGGAUCUAUCGAGCAAUGGGCAUCGAAGUACCUUGAAAAAGACGACUUGGGAGAGAUGAUAGAUCCAUCGUUAAAGACAUUCAAAGAAGAGGAGCUUGAAGUGAUCUGCGAUGUGAUACGAGAAUGUCUGAAAACAGAACAGAGACAACGACCUUCAAUGAAAGAUGUAGCGGAACAACUGAAACAAGUUAUCAACAUAACUCCUGAGAAAGCUACUCCAAGAUCCUCUCCUCUUUGGUGGGCAGAGCUCGAAAUCUUGUCCUCUGAAGCUACUUGACCAAUCAGAGGUUUCUCCUAUUCGUUUAAUGCUCUCAAUCUCUCUAUACGUUGUAUCGAUUUUUCUUUUUCUUCUGAUUUCUUGGAUCAGUUUUUCUUAUAUGAGCAUUUGGUUUCUUGAUUCUUCAACGUUCAGUUUGUUUUGAUUAGUGUUUCCUUCUCUAUGGAUUUGAUAUAUACGAGUUUCGAUAUGUGUUUGUAUAUUGCAUAGUAGUAUUAUUAUUUUUGUGAUGAUAUAUAUGUGUG